GUUUAUCGUGCGCUCAUUAUCCUGUCUCUCUCGUCCGACACAUCCAAUUGCUUCGGUUCUUCGUCCAGGCCCAAAGAAAUCGUCUGUCGUUCUUGUUCAUAAAAGAGCUCGUUGUAUUCGUUUUCCUGUUGGAAUUAGAAACCAUCGCUAAGCGUUAAAAGGAAGCUUCAAAUGAAUUUGUUUAUCAGGACCCCAGCAUCUUUGAAGAAGUGUUAUACCCAAGGUGAAUGCAUUUAGCACAUCAAUAAUUCCAAUCAUCAUGUUCAUGUUGAUGCAGCAUUUUAGUCCAGAAAAUACAAGUACCCCUUGCUCGAGCUGAAUUUAAGUCCACAAAAAUUUACAUCGACACGUAGUUCUUCCAAAGGCAGCUGCGCCUCACAUCCAGCAGCGAAAAUGAAGUUCGUUGACAUGGUUCUGUGGAACGUGCGGGAGCACCUGCUGAAGAAAUUUCCGGGGCAGGAGCUGAUUUCCGUCUGGGUUUUUCAUUACGGCUUGAGCAGCGACACCAAUCUGUCGUUGCUGAAAAUGGUGGACUCGGUGGAUUUUCCGGAUACGCACCUGUUUCGCGACCCCAUCGCCACGUACAAGAACCCGAUGACACUGUCCGAGGUCCGCGCACAGGCCAGUGGGCAGAAGCGGAUGGUGAGUCUCGCCGAUCUAGAUCCAAAGGCCUUCGAGAUCUGGACCACGUUUCUCGAUUGGCUUUUGCGGUUCGCCGAAGACCCGCACCCGUGCGAGGCGGACUUUGCGACCCGCAUUUACUUCAACUUCUUUGACUGCUGCUUUCCGGAGGGGAUCGACCCGGACCGGGUGGCCGCCUGCGUCGACUUCGCGUCGGGAGAUCCCAAGCAGAUUCAGGCCCAGUUUUCCACGAUGUACGGGCAUUUCUUUCAGCUCUACCCGCGACAGUGGGCGUACGGCCUGGAGCACUUUGACUGCCCCUGUGCGGACAAUGCGGAUUUCCUAUUCGGGAUCCUGGACUGGAACGAGUCCGGGAUCAUCGAUUACGAGGAGAUUGCCAUCCUGACCCCGGUAUCGAGUGCAAAUAUGUCUGGGUCUGGAAGAGUGCGCCAUUUGUCAUGCAGAUUUUCCAUGAUCACCCAUUUAACGCUGUACCAACCGGCGCAGAAUAGAAUGUUGACCAAUUGUUGACGAUAUUGGGACGGACAGGGUUUUUCAAAAAGCAGCGCUCCUGUUCGAGAGCACGGGCGGGCAUUGCGGGAGCCAGAGCUCGUUUUGGCAUUGCAAAUUAGGUCCACCGUUGUGCCCCGCAGCGCACUCCCAUGGUUCCCCGCGAUAGAGUUUCGCCUUGGUGUGGCACCAAAACAAGCUACGCCUAUACGGCGGCACAGGACUGGAGAGAGAUUUGAGUGGCCUGGUGUGGGUUUUGGAAUGAAGAUCGUCAAUUUGGAAUCGCGAUCAGCGAUGUGAAAUGGAGAUCGCCCGUUUGAAAUGCCGAUCAGGCAUUUGAAAUGGCGAUCAUCAAUUUGAAAUCGCGAUCACCAAUUUGAAAUCGCGAUCACCAAUUUGAAAUCGCGAUCAUCAAUUUGAAAUCGCGAUCAUCAAUUUGAAAUCGCGAUCAGUGGGUCUGGCCCAAUUUGAGACGAAGAUCAUGGUCUCCGGCUCAAUUUGAAAUGAAGGUCAGAAAAAGGUCCGAAUUAGGUCAGAAUUAGGUCAGAAAUCCCGUCCCUAUCUUACAUUCUGGAUUUCUGACCUAAUUCGGACCUGUUUAUGACCUCCAUUUGAAAUUGAAAAGCUCGGCGUCAAAAUCUGAAAAGUUUCGUCUUCACAGAAGCGCUUUUUUCUCUUCGGGACUCUCUCCUUGCCCGUUCGGUCGGUCUCGAAUUUUGCUUACUGGGUGGGCGCCUGGCACUGGCGAAAAUUUUCGCUCGGCGGCCCUUCAGGCCGCCAACGUUCUUCCUCUUUACCUUUGCAUUCUACAUCUGCCAGCUUUCUGUGCUGCUACCUGUUGGCCGUUGGAAGCCGGCAGUCGUCGGCCUUUCAUUCCCCUGGGUCGCCCUAAGUUGAUGUGAAAAGGAACGCCCCGGGCAAUGGUGUGGGGGAUGAUGGCCGUACUUUCGCAGCUUUUGUUUUAGGUUCUGCCCAAGCGGUAGAACACGUUCAAAACACGCGUGUUAGCCCUGCCGCCAAGUCCCGCCCCGCCCCGCCAUGGCUUGGCCAUAUGACCGGUUUGUGGCGCCUAGAAUCAGAAAAAGCUGGCCGUCCCAAAUCCGUCCCAAAUCUGUCACAAUUUAAAUCACAAACCGCAUGGUAUGACGUUAACACCCAUUCCCAUGAGGUCUGUAAUGCAGGACCUUGCAUGACAGAUUCUGCGCGAUCUCUACUUAUCAUGCCUAUCCUACAUGAGAAACUCCCUCGCGACUUGGCCAAAACUGGACGACUUUAGGUAAUCACGCAACACAGAUUUUUCCAUGAUUAAGGUUUUGCAUGACAAGUUCCACUCUUCCAGACCCAGAUAUAUUUGCAAUGCAUAUCCGGAGCUGACCCGGCUCGGCGAACUGGCGGAGGAGGCGGAGCGGUUCGCCGUGGAGAUGGCCCGGGACCUAUUGAGAGGAAAAAUCCCCCCUCCCCAUAUCGAAAUGGAAAUCUGUGAUGCAGGAUUUGGGUACACAAAUCGGAUUUGCCUUGCAGUAAGGCAUCGCAGCAAGAUCCUCGGCCUAGGUAGGGGCGUAUAGGUAUAGUUGCUUAGCAUUGCAAACGGGUGCCCCCUAGGCGCAACAGCAUGCCAAAUCGCUUCCAUAAUGGUGCGGAAGCCUCUGCGCUUGUCUUCUUGCAAGACAGACGUGAUUUGCGACCUCAAAUCAGCAACGUAGCCAUUUUGGCUCAAGACUUCUUGUCUUGUGGCCCGUUUUCCCACAAUUAGAUGCGGGGCCGCAACCCCCGCGAGAUCAUCUGGUUUCAGGAACUCAUCGUGAGUCCCAAGAUCCGUAGCGGCUCUACAUAACAGGCGCGGGUGCGGCCGGUCUGCCUCUAGCUCAUCCAGUAUGAUUUCCCUUACACACAUCCCCACAAUGAGACUCUACUUGCGCUUCUCAGUUUGCGCGCACGUGCGCAGCCAAGCAACUGAGUGAUCCCCGCAGGGCUCUUGCCCUCUCCCUCUCUUCCCGUCAGCGGUCCGGGCGCUUAACAUCUUCUCUCUGCAGCGUGGCUGGCUAUCGUCGGGGUGGAAUCUCUCUCUCCGAAACAGACGGGCACUACCAGGACAAGCGCCCAGCCCGCAGGUGAUCGACAGGCCGCCGACUUCUUCCGGAGAGAGUGGCUGCUCGUGUUGGGUUUCGUCUACAUGUCAAUCCCUGUCCUUCGAGUGCGACUUCCUCUUGUUUCCGGCCUCUCGCAUGCGGACUUCCAUGUUUCCUUGUUCCUGCCAGACGGGACCUCCGGCAUAGGCGGCUUUGCAGCUUCGACGUGCUGCUCUUAGAUGAGUUUGGAUUUAUGCCGGAGCGGGCGGCUGCUCCGGUUCCACGAGGAUGCCGCGCCCACCAGCGGAUUGCCCAGACGCGCGGGGAGAUCAGGGACAAAAUCUUUGUGUGUUGCAAUUCGUUAUUGGUGUCUUUUCAUUUUGGUUGUUCACUGUGUCUCCUCGGAUGAUGUACCCUUAACACUGAACUCAGGUCGGAACUCGUCGCUGCCACUCUCUCCGUUGGCCGGUGGUUUUCCACAAUUGGUAAGCGGUCGGCUUCGUGGACUUCGGGUUUCGUGGGUGCCAGCAAUACUUCCUCCUGCUUUUACCAUGCAGACAAGCCUGAGUCAGACCACAAGCGUUCUGGCCCGAUCGCCGCCACAAGCGCAGGCGCGGACUCCCAAGAAGCGUUGAGGUCAGGCUUGUAGGCAUGGUAGCCGGUCCCUGUGCGGUGGGGCCCUUGUUUAGCGGUGGUGUAUCUGCGGCCGGUGGUGGAGUGGUGCGGUUUUCGAUUUCGUGCUUCUUCUUCCGAGGCGAUGCGUUCCAGAGAGGGAGCGGUGGGUCACACGUGCGCGGCGGCGUCGGCGCUCUUGGAUUUGAUCGCGAACGUCCUCUCGGGAGAGGAGGAUGUAGCUUCAUUCCUUAACUGACUACACCUCCUCUCUUGCGGCUCUCGUGCUCGCGGUGGCUGCUAUACGGAACCUGUGGCGCGUGGACGCGACGGCUGACGACUUUACGCUGGAACUAUGGGAUCCUGUUGCUUCUCCCGAGCGAGGCCGUCUUGCCUUCCACUCAGGGCUCUCGUGGAUUGAGCCUGGCGGGAAAUUCCCGUUGCGCGAGGCUCUUGCCAGGAGUUCGUCCACGCUUGCCGACGCGGUUUCGGGGGUAGACGGGGCCAGGGUGGCUAUCGGAGCUUGCUCCGGGGCUUGCGGUGUGGGGGCGGGUUCAUGGGGCUGUGCCCGGGCUCAGCGAGGCUUUUUCUCCUGUCUGUGCUCCCUCGUGUUCACGCUCCUGUGCUGCUUGACUGGUAGUCAUUUUGGCUUUUGUUUUUCCUCCGUCGCUGUCGUUUGGUCCCCGGGGCCGCCACGGACAGGGCCCCCUGGGUUACCUCGGUCGAGUGGUUGUGCGUUUCGGUUCUCCUAUGCCCAUGCCUACCGUGUACUUGCCGCUGGGUACUGGUAGAGCGUCUCUUUCGUCAGACUGUUUCGCUUCGGCGAAACGACAUGACGAUUGUUUGGGGAGGUUCCGAACGGUCCCCUCAGGGCAUUGCCUCGUCGCUGACCUGUGGAGAAAGGCGGUUCAGGUCAGCUUCGGGAAGGGUAUCCGGAGUUGAGUUAGCUUCGGCUUUCUCUUGUGUAUUCGAGGGCAGUGGUUGGCGGAGGUUGUCGGGUUGUUCCUAAUUGGUCAUCCCAGAACAUUUGUGUUCCCUUGUGACUUCCUCAUUUCCUGUGCAGUGUUACACUGCAUAUACAGGCGCCACCCUCGUUUAUCACCUCCAGGGCUACGUGCGACCCCUCCGACGCUGCGUGUGGAAGGAGGAAGUUCGGCGUGUCGGGUGAGGGACCCCCGACGGCUGGCCUACGGAUAUUAGGUGGAAAACAGGCUCAAAUCAGCAACGCAAAUUUUCGGACACACACCUUUUCGAUAUGGGGAGGGGGGAUUUUUCCUCACAAUAGGACCGGGAGAAGGCCGCGAUGGCCCCCGGAGCGGCUAUGCAGCUCAUGUCAAGGUUUGAGUUCAAGAUGGCCCAGCUGCGCCGGUUGAACAAGCGACGCAGAAAGGCGGCGGAACAGUUGGAGCAGUGGAUUAUGCAAAAAUACGGCCACAAGAUGCGAGCCUGGCUGGAGAUUGACAACGAUCGCUCCAUGCAGGUGUCCAGAAUCGAAUUCAUGAAGUGGUGCGCAUCCAUUGGCUACACCGGGGACCGACGCGCGGCCUGGAGCUUUUACGAUAAGGACGAGUCAGGUAAAUGGUCGUGCAAUGCGUCUCUUCAAUACGGUUUAUUUUGCUUAUUGGAUGAAAAAAAAUACCAGGGAAUAAAGAGAUUCGGAUUGCUUUAUUAUGCGUGUCGCGAAAAUCAAAAUGAAAAUUCAACAAAUUGCUCGCUCGAAAACAUCAAAACAGGCGACCUGUCCGUGGAUGAGUGGUCGCUGGACGCUUCCAUCGGGAUGGGGCAGUUUCAGGCCUGGUUUCGUUCAAGGUUUUCCUGCCAGACGGAACUGGUCCUGCAUUUGUUCCGGUGGCAGGACCGCAAAGUGGGCCACCUGACCGAACACCAGUUCGUGGACAUCCUGAUUCAGAUGGACUUCCGGCCGGUGAUCUCGAUAGCCGCAAUAUCAAAAGGAAAAAUCCCCCCUCCCCAUAUCGAAAACGAAAUUUGUGAUGCUGUAUUUGAGUACACAAAUCGACUUGUAAUGCUAGAAGGCCAAGAGACGCAGCUGUGGCCUCGUUUGCAGGCAAUUUGUCAUGCUGUUUCCCACUUCCAGCUGCCCCCUGUCAUGCUGAAGGUGCAAGGCUCUCCCAGGCCAACCAGAACUACAGUCCGCAUCUUGUCCCUUUUAGCAUGACAAAGCUGAUUUGUGACCACAAAUCUGCAUCACAAAUUUCUAGUUUGAGUAUGGGGUGGGGGGAUUUUUCAUUUUGAUACGCAAUUUUUCAGCCCCUGAUUGAGCUCGCGAUCGACUUGCUGAAGAAGCGGUCCGCGAGAGGGUCCAUGAAAUCCAACUUUGACAUGGCUUCCGACGCGUGGAAAACGCGACGGUUCCGGGUGGCAGACCACUUGGAAGAGGUGAUGAAAAAAUCUGGGACGACGAACAAGGUCGAUAACAAGCAGAAAAAGCGCGAGCUGGGAAAGUUUCUGAAACAGCAGCGAAUGCAAAUCGAGAAAGCAGAGGCCGAAGCUCAGGAGAAGAGGAAGGAGGAGGCAAGCAACGUCUUCAAGGAGAUGCACGCCGACCUGGAGGAGGUAGACGCGGGAGGGGCGCCGGCCUCAACAGCUGGCACCGAAGGGCAGCAUGCUGCUGGAGGUGAGAGUGACACCGCGCCAGCUGCUGCAGAGGAAGUAGAUCCAGAGCAGAUAGAAGCACCAGCUCCUACUGAAGAGACCAUAGUGCCAGCGCCGGCCGCUGAAUCAACCCAGGGUGAACUACUACAGGAAGGAAUAGAGGGUAGUGAAAAUAAAGUAGCCGACGAGUCUGCUGACGCAAGUGCCGGCGUUUCCGCUCCUGAUGCUGAAGAAGAGCUCCCUGCCAUCGUAGAUGAUGCAGCUGAAGAACAGCAUAUGGAAGAGGCAGAACAGCACGAAACUACGCAACCACGUGAGGCGCCGACUGCCGAAGAACAUGACGAACAGCAGGCGUCAGAGGGCGUCGCAGCUGCUGCUGUGGCUAAAGGUGAGGCUACUGGUAGUCCGGAAGCAAUCAACCCAGGAGAGGCCGCCGAUGCCGAGGCGGCUCCGACUGAUGUAGCCCAAGAAGCAGAAGUUACUGGUGAAGCAGGCGCAGCUGAACCUGACGCAGCGAAGGGCCCAGGAGCAGAGAGCGUAGAAAAUGUUGAUGCAGUUGCCGAGGGCUCCCCGAGCCCGUCCAGCGAGGUGGUACCUCCGCAAACGACCGAGGAAACUCCUGGGGCGGUCGGGUCCGUAGACACGACCGAAGCCUCGGCAGAACAGACACAGGUCGCCGAACAAAACGACGAGGCCGUGGACGAAAAUCAAAUCGCCGACGCGGAAGACACCGGCGCAGCUGCUGAAGGCGGCGCGGAAAUACAAAUAGCAACUGACGGCGCUCCAUCGACCUCCGCUACACAAGAGACGCCGGCAGUAGAAGCCAUUGAAAGUCCAGCUCCAGAGACCACGACCGGCGAGCCAGUUGCAGCUACAAGUACCGUGGAAGACGAUGAGGCCGCUUCUGCAGAGGUUCUCGAAGCAGCCGGCGAGCCAGCUGUGGCUGCUGAAGGUGAUGAUGAAGGAGGACAAGCGGCGCCCCCCGCCAUAGACGACGACUCUCCUUCGCCAGGAGCACCACAGAUCAUAGAUACAGAAGAGCACCCCGAAACUAUGCACUCUUCCGCGCGGGUGUCUUUCGUUGAGGAGCCCGACGUCGUUGUGGAAGGGAAAACUCCGAAACACGAGCCCAUCGUGAUGAACGCGGCGACGAGCGUCGAUGACAUCCCGACCGGGUUGAACGCGCAGGCUGAGCCGGAAAAUGCCGAAGACGAGGAACAGCGGCUCCACGAGGAGAAGUUAGCGAAACUGAAAGUAAGGGAAGAGGAGCACGAGCGCAUGAAGCAGGAGCAAGCGGACGCACAAAAGGCCGCAGAGGCAGAGAUGGACGAAGAGGCACUGUACCUGCUCCAGCAGGAGCGCGCGGCUAUCAAAAUCCAAUCGUUACAACGGCAGCGGCUGGCCCGACGGGCCGCGUACAAGAAAAAGGAGACGAAACGGAAAGCGACAAUAUUGGAAAUGAAGUACGUCCCGGAGGUCCACAACAAGCCCGGGGCAGCCCCCAAGCACCGCAGCGGCAAGUCGCUGUGGGAGAAGGUUCGCAACCAGCGCUGCAGCGGGUUGCUGCGCGGCCCCGUCGCGCUCCGGAACCUGAACAGCACCAACCGGUCGGUUGCGGCCAUGCUGAAGGAAGCGUGGCAGCGCGAGGUCGCGCGCGCCGACCGCGAGCGGGAGGGAAUCCAGAAGCUGGAGCGGCUUUCCGGGUACCAGAAGCUGCUUUUCUGGGCGCCCAAGUUCGAGGACGCGGGCGAACCCAUCGACGGGGACCUGCUGGUGAAGAACAUCCACCGGGAGGUCGCGGAGCUGGUGGUCACCCACGGCUUUAUCGAGGGCGACGACGUGUCGGAGCAUGAACAGGACGUGGAGGAUUUAACGACCCAGCUGCUGCAGUUCACCGACCCCUUUUCGAUGUACCUGGAGAACCGCAAGAAGUUUUUCCGCGAGCUCUUCUUCUCCGUGGGCGCGGACGCGAAGGGCGACCGCUUCCUCUACCCAGACGACCUGAACUGGCUCCGGCACUGGACGCCGCAGCCGUGGCUGCUCGCCCUGCCAGACUUUUACUCGAAGCACGACCUGUAUGAUAGUGCACAACUCCCCCUCACCCUCAUUUGUAUUGCAUGAACGGCAAUACAAGCAUCAGCAAGAGUGCCGGCUUUGCAUGACAAAUUUGCACGGAUUAUUGUGCUAUCUGGGCUACCAGAACUUGUCAUGCAAACAGUGCCAAGAGGCAAAGGGUGGAUUGGGUCUUUUGCAUUACAAAUGAGGGUGAGGGGGAGUUGUGCACUGUCAUAACCUGAUCAAGUGUCUCCGCGAGGAGAACUACAACAACGACCUCGCGGUGUGGCGGACGAUGGACGCCUAUCAAAUGCAAAAAUGUCUGGGUCUGGAAACUUGUGAUGCAAGUCCGUGAACAAUAAGUGCUCUGUAAUGCGCCGCCAAGCAUGACAAUUUUUUUCGUGCUUCUGUGAUGCGUAUUUCGCAUGAGAAACUGCGCUUUUGCAUGACAGGCAAGAGGACCUCUUGGUGGCCGCGCAAUCCAGAGUGCAGAGUCAUGCCAGACUAGCAUGACAAUCUUCCAGACCCAGACACUUUUGCAUUUGAUAACGCCGACGCGAGUAACAAGGUGACGUGGACGGAGAUCUACGACGCCCUGAAACACAUCCGGUGGGAGCAUCUGGACAAGCGACUGCCGGGCGCGUGGCGCGCGCUGGACACGCACCGCCGCGGCUACAUCACCCUGCAGGACUUCUCCCCCCGAACCGUGGAGCUGCUGCAGCCCUUUUUCCAGUGGGUCCACGGCCGGUUCCGCUCCUUCGAGGCGGCCAUGAAGUUCCUCGAGGGCGGGAUCAAGGAAGGGAGGAAGGACAUGGGGCUGCUGGAGUUCCGGGAGCGCCUCCGCAUCGGCGGCUGGAAGGAGAACUGCAGCGAGCUCCUGCAGCUGCUCGACUUGGACGGCGGGGGCUCCGUGACGCCGUCCGAGAUCAUGUUUUUGGAGGUGUUCGACAUGGAGUUGGCGGAGGAGACCCCGGAGGACGAACUUGCGAAGCGCAAGGCCAUGAUCGCCGUCGAGAAGCGCGCCGCGACGUCGGUGGACCAGACCUUCGACAAUCGGUUCAUGUACAAAAACGAUCACGAACAGUACUGCGCCGAGGUGAUGUCGAAGCAGACGCAGCCGAGUCAGGACCAGAUCCACGAACGGGCGGUGGAAAAGCAGCGGAAGCUGGACACCAUGCACGAGGGCGUCGAGGAGAUGCUGCGCAACCGCCGGCCGAAGCCGGAAAACCGCAAGUCGCACAUCUUGUGGCAGCGGAACAUCCCCUUUUGGGCCGUCCCGGGGGUGGAAGGCAUGUACCCGCCGCACGUGCGUCACCCGCCGCCGAAAAACGUCCAGCACCCGCUCAAGCCGAAAUACCUGCACCCGCAACCCGAGCAGUACGAGGUGGACCGGAAAUUCUGGCGGGAAAAACCGGUCUUGCUGGAACCGAUUUCGCCGUUCAUGUGGCACCCAACCUUGCAGCGCGGCUGGAUCAAAUCUUUCGGGCCCAGUCCGACUGGCUAA